CAAAAACAGGUUGGUCGUUCACCUGGGGUAAGCAGUAUAGAACACCAGCAAGAGAUCACUAAAUUAAAGGCAGACCUGGAAAAGAAAAGUGUUUUCUAUGAAGAGGAACUAUCCAAACGUGAAAUAAUGCAUGCUAAUGAAAUAAAAAAUCUGAAGAAAGAACUGCAGGAUGCAGAGAGCCAGCAGCUUGCCCUCAGGAAGGAGAUCAUGGUUUUGAAAGACAAGUUAGAGAAAACCAGAAGAGAAAACCGAAGUGAAAGAGAGGAAUUUGAAACAGAGUUCAAACAAAAGUAUGAACGAGAAAAGAUUCUGCUGACAGAGGAAAACAAAAAACUUACCAAUGAACUUGAUAAGCUUACCACCAUGUUUGAGAGACUGAGUAUGAAUAAUAGACAGCUGGAAGAAGAGAUGAGAGACCUGGCAGAUAAGAAGGAGUCUGUGGCCCACUGGGAGGCCCAAAUUACUGAGAUCAUCCAGUGGGUAAGCGAUGAAAAAGAUGCUCGAGGUUAUCUUCAGGCCUUGGCCUCUAAAAUGACAGAAGAGCUAGAAGCCCUGAGGAACUCCAGUUUGGGUGCAAGAGCUACAGACAUGCCCUGGAAGAUGCGCCGCUUUGCAAAACUGGAUAUGUCUGCAAGGCUGGAGCUACAGUCUGCUCUUGAUGCUGAAAUCCGAGCCAAACAGGCUAUUCAAGAUGAGUUGAACAAAGUCAAAGCUUCCUGUAUCUCUACAGAGUGUAAAUUGCAAGAAUCUGAGAAGAAGAACAUGGAGCUGUUGGCAGAUAUCGAAAGGCUGAAAAAGGAGACAGAAGAGCUUAGAUCAGAAAAGGGUGUAAAGCACCAAGACUCACAGAAUUCUUUCUUGGCAUUUUUGAAUGCACCUACCUCUGCUCUGGAUCAAUUUGAAAUUGAUUCAGUUGAGAAUUUUACAUUGUCUAAUACUCCAUCACGGGAUGAAGAUAGCAAGUCCCACCUCCAUUCGAGAUCAAGAUCUCCUUCUACGGCUAGUGAGAUUGAACCAAUCGAGGUUACAGAUCAUCCUCCCCGUUCAAUUCACACACCAACCAUGAGGACAGCAUAUAUUGGAUCGGGACUCUCUGCACCAAAGCCUAAAGCCCACCAGUUUGUAGUGAAGUCGUUUAAUACACCAACAAAAUGCAAUCAGUGCACAUCUCUGAUGGUUGGUUUAAUACGUCAGGGCUGUACUUGUGAAGUAUGUGGAUUCUCUUGCCACGUCAUAUGUGCAGACAAGGCUCCUGCAGUAUGUCCAAUCCCUCCUGACCAGACUAAGGGACCUUUGGGAAUAGAUCCACAGAAAGGCAUAGGAACAGCUUAUGAAGGACAUGUCCGAGUACCAAAACCAGCUGGAGUGAAGAAAGGUUGGCAGAGAGCACUGGCAGUGAUCUGUGAUUUUAAACUCUUCCUGUAUGAUGUAGCAGAAGGAAAAGCAUCCCAGCCCAGCGUGAUAGUGAGUCAGGUCAUAGACAUGAGGGAUGAAGAAUUCUCAGUGAGUUCUGUCUUGGCCUCAGAUGUCAUCCAUGCAAAUAGAAAAGAUAUCCCCUGUAUCUUUAGGGUUACAGCCUCCCAGCUCUCUGCAUCCAGUAACAAGUGUUCAAUCCUGAUUCUAGCAGAUGGUGAGAAUGAAAAAAGCAAGUGGGUAGGAGUGCUGAAUGAAUUACACAGGAUCUUGAAGAAGAACAAGCUCAAAGACCGCUCAGUCUAUGUUCCCAAAGAAGCUUAUGACAGCACCUUACCCCUCAUCAAAACAACACAGUCAGCAGCAAUCAUAGACCAUGAAAGAAUAGCUCUGGGGAAUGAAGAAGGGUUAUUUGUUGUGCAUGUCACCAAAGAUGAGAUCAUCCGUGUUGGUGACAAUAAGAAGGUUCAUCAGAUUGAGCUUAUCCCAAGUGAACAGCUCAUUGCAGUAAUCUCAGGACGGAACCGUCAUGUGCGACUUUUUCCCAUGGCUGCCCUGGAUGGAAGGGAGACUGAGUUUUACAAGCUGGCAGAGACAAAAGGCUGCCAGUCACUGGUUUCUGGACACGUGCGCCACGGAGCUCUUACCUGCCUGUGUGUAGCUAUGAAAAGGCAGGUCCUCUGUUAUGAACUAAAUCAGAGUAAGACCCGUCACAAAAAGAUCAAGGAGAUCCAAGUCCAGGGGAACGUCCAGUGGAUGUCAAUCUUCAGUGACCGCCUUUGUGUGGGCUACCAGUCAGGUUUCCUAAAAUAUCCCCUUCAUGGAGAAGGCAGCCCAUACAGUCUGCUCCAUCCAGAUGACCACACGCUAUCAUUUAUCUCACAGCAGCCAACCGAUGCCAUCUGUGCAGUCGAGAUCUCAAAUAAAGAAUACCUGCUGUGUUUUAGCAGCGUAGGGGUUUACGUUGACUGCCAUGGCCGAAGGUCGAGACAGCAAGAGUUGAUGUGGCCUGCAACUCCAUCUUCAUGCUGUUACAAUGCACCAUACCUCUCUGUGUACAGUGAAAAUGCAAUUGAUAUCUUCGACGUCAACUCCAUGGAGUGGAUUCAAACUAUUCCUCUCAAAAAGGUGCGACCCUUGAAUACAGAAGGGUCACUAAACCUUUUAGGCCUGGAGACAGUUAGAUUAAUCUAUUUCAAAAACAAAAUGGCAGAGGGUGAUGAACUGGUGGUCCCUGAGACAUCAGAUAACAGCCGGAAGCAAAUGGUUCGAAACAUCAACAACAAGCGCCGCUAUUCCUUCAGGGUACCCGAGGAGGAGAGGAUGCAGCAGAGGAGGGAGAUGCUACGUGAUCCAGAAAUGAGAAAUAAAUUAAUUUCUAACCCAACUAAUUUUAACCACAUAGCACAUAUGGGUCCAGGAGAUGGUAUACAGAUUCUCAAAGACCUUCCAAUGAAUCUUCGGCCCCAGGAGAGCCGGACGGUGUUCAGUGGCUCCGUCAGCAUCCCGUCGAUCACCAAAUCCCGCACGGAGCCAGGGCGGUCGAUGAGCGCCAGCAGCGGGUUAGCAGCACGAUCGUCCGCGCAGAACGGCAGCGCUCUGCGGCGGGAAUUCUCAGGAGGGAGCUACGGAGCGAAGCGUCAGCCGAUGGCAUCGCCCUCAGACGGCUCCUUGUCCUCUGGUGGCCUGGACCAAGGCAGCGAUGCACCAACAAGGGACUAUGAGCGAGAGGACUCUGACUCUCCAAGACACUCUACAGCAUCGAAUAGCUCAAACCUCAGCAGCCCUCCCAGUCCGAUUUCUCCUCACAAGACCAAGAGCCUCUCCCUGGAGAGCUCUGACCACGUGAGCUGGGACUCAUGAACUGCUUCAGCAUUCAGGUUUGACAUCACAUCAGCUUGCUGUCCCCUUCACUUGCUCCAGUUACCAUCAUCAUCCUAACCCUCCCCAUUCCCUGUCUGAAAGUGAUCUGGGAGUAGGGUACAGAGGAAGGUAAAAGCUGGUUGCCUUCAGCACCAUUCAGCACUGCCUCACCCUCCCUUCCCCACAUCUGACAGCAGCAAAUGAGCAAAGCUAGGGUGUUGGUAAAUAUCAGAUGCUGUAGAUUUGUAUUAGUAUUGGUUUCAUUUUUGUGGUUACAGCUGCUUCAUUUUUAAAGACAUAUUUAUCCCACCCCCUUUCCACUUCCCAAAAAGUAGCAUUAAGUAGACCAGACCAGUGUCAACAAGAGAAAAUUCAGAGGGAUUUUGUUUUCACACAAUAGCUCAUUGUACUGUACAAAAGUAGCACAGAUGCUUCCCCUGCAUGGGGAGCGAUCAGUAUGUCAGAGGCACAUAAAAGCUUUCAGCCACCACGUUUGAAUGUCAAUCUGAUUGUCGCCAGCAAACUCUUAUUGAUUAAAAUGAUGCAUAUUUUACUACAGUACAGAGUUUAAAUAAAUACGCAGAUGUUAGAGUAAAA